AGCUCCGGGUGGCUGCGGCCGAGCCGGGAGCCGAGCGCGCUGGGCGCGGCCGUCCCGCCGCCGCCGCCGACCCGGAGUGCGCCAGCGGCCAUGGUCCCCGCGACGGCGCGGGGCGCUUGAGCCCCCGAGACGCGAGCUCCGGAGGCGGGCGGCCGGCUGCGCGGGCGCCCCGAGAGGCCGACAGGAGGUGAGCGCCGUGGGCUAUGGGAUGGAUGAGGUGGAGCAGGACCAGUAUGUGGCCCGACUCAAGGAGCUGUUUGACAGUUUUGACACGACGGGCACCGGGUCUCUGGGGCAGGAGGAACUCACUGACCUUUGCCACAUGUUGAGCUUGGAGGAGGUGGCCCCAGUGCUGCAACAGACUCUACUUCAGGACAACCUCUUGGGCAGGGUACACUUUGAUCAAUUCAAAGAAGCAUUAAUACUUGUCUUGUCUAGAACUCUGUCAAAUGAAGAACACUUUCAAGAACCAGACUGCUCACCAGAAGCUCAGCCCAAGUAUGUUAGAGGUGGGAAGCGUUAUGGGCGAAGAUCCCUGCCCGAGUUUCAAGAAUCUGUGGAGGAGUUUGCAGAGGUGACAGUGAUCGAGCCACUGGAUGAAGAAGCACGGCCGUCACACGUUCCAGCCGGUGGCCACAGUGAGCACUGGAAGACGCAACACAGUGAAGAGUACGAAGCGGAAGGCCAGUUGAGGUUUUGGAACCCAGAUGAUUUGAAUGCCUCGCAGAGUGGCCCUUCCCCUCCCCAAGACUGGAUAGAAGAGAAACUACAAGAAGUGUGUGAAGAUUUGGGGAUCACCCGCGAUGGUCACCUGAACCGAAAGAAGCUGGUCUCCAUCUGCGAGCAGUAUGGUCUGCAGAAUGUGGAUGGAGAGAUGCUUGAGGAAGUAUUCCAUAAUCUCGACCCCGAUGGUACCAUGAGUGUAGAAGAUUUUUUCCAUGGUUUGUUUAAAAACGGAAAAUCCCUGACCCCGUCAGCGUCCACUCCGUACAGACAGCUGAAACGGCACCUCUCCAUGCAGUCUUUUGAUGAGAGCGGGCGGCGUACCACGACCCCAUUGGCAAUGACGGGGACCACCGGCUUCCGGGUCUUCUCCUGCUUAGAUGACGGCAUGGGCCACACGUCCGUGGAGAGAGUCCUGGACACCUGGCAGGAGGAGGGCAUUGAGAACAGCCAAGAGAUCCUGAAGGCCUUGGAUUUUAGCCUUGAUGGAACCAUCAACUUGACAGAACUGACGCUGGCUCUUGAAAAUGAACUUUUGGUCACCAAGAACGGCAUUCACCAGGCAGCUCUGGCCAGCUUUAAGGCUGAGAUCCGGCAUUUGUUGGAACGUGUUGAUCAAGUGGUCAGAGAAAAAGAGAAGCUGCGGUCAGACCUGGACAAGGCUGAGAAGCUCAAGUCCCUCAUGGCCUCAGAGGUGGACGAUCACCAUGCGGCCAUAGAGCGGCGGAAUGAGCACAACCUCAGGAAACUGGAUGAAGAGUACAAGGAGCGAAUGGCAGCCCUGAAGAGCGAGCUCCGGAGGGAGAGAGAGCAGAUCGUGCAGCAGAUGGGCAGGCAGCGCGUGGAACUCGAGCAGGAGAUCGAAAAGGCCAAGACCGAGGAGAGCUACAUCCGGGACCGCCUGGCCCUCUCUUUAAAGGAAAAUAGUCGUCUGGAAAAUGAGCUUCUGGAAAAUGCAGAGAAGUUGGCGGAGUAUGAGAAUCUGACAGAUAAACUUCAGAAAAAUCUGGAAAAUGUGUUAGCGGAAAAGUUUGGUGACCUUGAUCCCAGCAGUGCGGAAUUCUUUCUGCAAGAAGAGAGGCUGACCCAGAUGAGAAGCGCGUAUGAGCAGCAGUGCAGGAUAUUACAAGACCAAGUGGAUGAACUCCAGUCUGAGCUGGAAGACUACCGUGCCCAAGGCAAAGUACUCAGGCCUCCUCUGAAGAAUUCACUGUCAGAAGAACUUGAUGUUAGCAGCGGAGGCGUUGAGGCCGACCAGGGGCUGGGUUCUGAAGAGUGCAACCCUUCAAAUAUGAGCAUUGAGGCAGAGAUGGUCAUCGAACAGAUGAAAGAACAACAUCACCGGGACUUACGCUGCCUCCGACAAGAGCUCGAAGAUAAAGUGCAACAUUACAAGAAGCAGCUGGAUGAGACCAUGGUCGCCUGUGAGAAGGAGCGGGAGGACGUGAGGCAAAGGCAUGAGAAAGAAAUACAAACCCUGGAGAAACAGAUUCGGGACCUUCAACACGAGAUCGCUGAACUUCAGGGGCAGGCUGCGGCGCUCAGGGAGGAGCAGGUGGAGGCCGCGCGCCUGCGCGCGGAGUUCAUGCAGGAGAAGGCGCGCCUGCGGGAGGCGCUGCGGCGUGAGCACGAGCAGGAGAGCGCGCGGCUGCGAGCCGAGUUUGCACAGGAGGAGGCGCGCCUGCGGGAGGCGCUGCAGUGCCAGCGAGAGCGGGAGCUGGUGGCCAGGCUGGCCCAGGUCCAGGAGGACUUUGAGCGUGAGAAGGAAGCGCUCCGCCAGAACAGCGCCUGGACCCAGGAGAAGGUGCAGGACCUGGAGCGCCUGCACCAGGAGCAGCUGGCCCGCCUGCAGGAGCAGCACUCGCGCGAGAAGGAGGAGCUGAGAAGGGAGCUCCUGGAAAAGCACCACCGGGAACUUCAAGAGGGCAGGGAAAAAAUGGAAACAGAGUGUAAUAGAAGAACCUCUCAGAUAGAAGCCCAGUUUCAGGCUGACCGUCAGAAGGUCACCCAGAGGUGUGAAAGUGCACUGCAGUGCCUGGAGGGGCACUACCUGCGAGAGCUGACCGACCUCCUGGAACAGCAACACGAGGAGAAAUCCCAGUGGGAGUUUGAGAAGGAUGAGCUCACCCAGGAAUGUGCAGAAGCCCAGGAGCAGCUCAAAGAGACCCUUCAGAGGGAGAAAGCAACUUCCCUGGUCCUGACCCAGGAGAGAGAGAUGCUCGAGAAAACGUACAAAGAGCAUUUGAACAGCAUGGUCAGCGAGAGGGAGCAGCUGCUCCAAGACCUGGAGGACCUGCGAAAUGUAUCUGAAAGCCAGCAGAGUCUGCUGUCGGGCCAGAUCCUUGAGCUGAAGAGCAGUCACGAGAGAGAGCUGAGGGACCAUGAGCAGGUCCUCUGCCAGGCAGGGGCCUCGGAGCAGCUGGCCAGCCAGUGGCUUGAAAGGCUGGAAAUAGAACAUGACCAGGAAAGGCAGGAAAUGAUGUUCAAGCUUCGGGCCCUGGAGAGCGUCCACAAAACAACCUGUGAGAGAGCAGAUCAAGAGAGGGCUGAGAUGAGCGCAGAAAUCUCCAGGCUUCAGAACGCAAUCAAGGAAAUGCAGCGGGCAGCAUCGCCUCUCCCCGGGCCUCAGAGUGACUGCCAGGCGGCAGAGGCCGAGGAGAUGGAAGGAAGUGGAGCCAUGUCCCUGCUUCAGCAAGGGGAGCAGCUGUUGGAAGAAAAUGGAGAUGUCCUCCUCAGCCUGCAGAGAGCGCAUGAGCAGGCAGUGAAGGAAAACGUGAAAAUGGCUACAGAAAUUUCUAGGUUACAACAAAGGUUGCACAAAUUAGAACCAGGGUCAGUGAUGUCUUCUUGUUUAGAUGAACCAACUCCUGAGUGUUUUGGAAAGUCUUCAGAACACACAGAGCUCUUUUUACUGCAAAACCAAAUGAAGCAAGUGGAAGGUGCGGCUACAAGGCACGUCCUGAGUGACUCGGAAGGCAGUGAGGUCCAGGACUUGGAAAGUACAGGAACGAGCUCUGCUCGGAGGCAGGAGGUCAAAACAGAGGACUCAGAAGCUUCCAUGGAGAGUUUUUCUGAGCUUGAAAAUAGUGAAGAGACCAGGACUGAAACCUGGGACCUGAAGAAUCAGAUUAGUCAGCUUCAGGAACAACUAAGGGUCUUACGUGCAGACUGCAAUCGAGCUUCUGAAAAGAAACAGGACCUACUUUUUGAUGUUUCUGUGCUGAAAAAGAAGCUGAAGAUUCUUGAGAGAAUCCCUGAGGCUUCUCCUAAGUACAAGUUGUUAUAUGAAGAUGCUAGCAGAGAAAAUGACUGCCUUCAGGAGGAGCUGAGGAUGGUGGAGACGCGGUACCACGAGGCGCUGGAAAGUAACAAGGAGCUCACCGCAGAGGUUCUCAGGCUGCGGGAGGAGCUGAAGAAAAUAGAGGAAGUGACAGAAACAUUCCUUAGCCUGGAAAAGAGCUAUGAUGAGGUGAAAACAGAAAAUGAGGAGCUGAAUGUUCUAGUUCUGAGGCUGCAAGGGAAGAUUGAGAAGCUGCAGGGAAGAGCAGCCCAGCAGUGUGACUGCUUCUCCUCGUGGGAAGCCAGUUCAGAUACCCUGGAAGUCGAGCCUGAUGAAAAGACACUUGACCUCAGUCAGACACUGGACGAGCGCACGCCCACGGGUAUGAGCAUACACCAUGGUAUAGAAGGGUGUAAACAAGAAAACCAGUACCUUGAACAGGGGAACCCAGGGCUCUUGGAAAGCGGAAAGGCACGUGAAAUGGCCUGGAUACAUGGAACAAUUCAGACACGUCAAGAAAAGCCACGAGUGCAGACUCCAGUCAUCCUGGAGGAAAACAGUGCCCUCCUGGGCUUUCAAGAGAAACACUUUGAGUAUCAGGCCACAAUAGCAGGGUUAGAGCUGGAGAAAAAAAAGCUCCAGGAGCUGACAAGAAAGUUGAGGGAGAGAGUCACUACUUUAGUUAAGCAAAAAGAUGCCCUUUCUCCAGGAGAGGAGGAGGAGGAGGAGCUGAAGGCAAUGAUGCAUGACUUGCAAGUCACAUGCAGUGAGAUGCAGCAAAAGGUCGAGCUUCUGAGAUAUGAAUCUGAAAAGCUUCAGGAGGAGAAUUCUAUUUUGAGAGAUGAAAUUACUACUUUAAAUGAGGAAGAUAGCAUUUCUAACCUGGAAUUAGAGAAAUUAAAUGGAUCUCAGGAAGAAAUGUGGCAAAAAAUAGAAACUGUAAAACAAGAAAAAACCGCAAUGCAGAAGAUGGUUGAAAAUUUAAAGAAACAGAUUUCAGAAUUAAAAACCAAAAACCAACAGUUGGAUUUGGAAAAUACAGAACUUAGCCAAAAGAACUCUCGAGAUCAGGAAGAACUGCAAGAACUUAAUCGACGCCUGGCAGAAAUGCUGCGCCAGCAGGGAGAAGAGCCAGGGGACGGUGCGGUCAAGGACUGGGAGCAAGAGACGUCUAAUCUCGAAGAGGAGCUGGGACGCUGCAAAGAGCAGUCCUCCAGGUUAGUGUCUUCUCUGGAGGCAGAACUUUCUGAAGCUAAAAUACAAACCCAUACCCUGGAACAGGAAAACCUGCUUCUCAAAGAUGAACUGGAGAAAAUGAAACAGUUGCGCAGAUGUCCUGAUCUCUCUGACUUCCAGCAAAAAAUUUCUAGCGUUCUAAGCUACAAUGAAAAAUUGCUGAAAGAAAAGGAGGCUCUAAGUGAAGAAUUAAAUAGCUGUGUUGACAAGCUGGCAAAAUCAAGUCUUUUAGAGCACAGGAUUGCUACGAUGAAGCAGGAACAGAAGUCUUGGGAGCACCAAAGUGAGAGCUUAAAAUCACAGCUGGUGGCUUCCCAGCAAAAGGUUCAGGAUUUAGAAGAUGCCCUGCAGAGUGUGAACCUGCAAAUGUCUCAGAUUAAAGCUGACCUACGAGUAACUCAGCAGGAGAAGGAGGCUUUAACACAAGAAGUGGUGUCUUUACAUCAGCGACUUCAGAAUGCUGGCGACAAGAACUGGGCCCCGGAGAUAGCCACCCACUCACCAGGGUUCCCUAACCUGCAGAAAAGGCCUUCUUGGGGCAAGUUGGACCAUCUGAUGAAUGAGGAACAGCAGCUGCUUUGGCAAGAGAAUGAGAGACUCCACACUGUGGUUCACAGCACCAAAGCAGCUCUCACACACUCCCGGGAGAAGGUCCGUCAACUGGAAUCCAGUCUUCUUCCCAAGCACCAAAAACAUCUAAACCCAUCAGGUCCUGUGAAACCCACAGAGCAAGAAAAGUUUAACUUAAAGAGAGAGUGUGAACAGUUUCAGAGAGAGAGAGCUCCUGCAAGCAGGAAGGUUAGUCAGAUGAAUUCCCUUGAACGAGAAUUAGAAACAGUUCAUUUGGAAAAUGAAGGCCUGAAAAAGAAACAAGUAAAACUGGAUGGGCAGCUCACGGAGAUGCCACACCCGAGGUCCACUGUGACGCUUAGCCUGUCCCCUCACGCCUGGGAUCUGCAGCUGCCCCAGCAGCCAGCCUGUCCGACGGUGUCCAGGGAGCAGUUUCUGCAGCUGCAGCACCAGCUGCUGCAGGCCGAGAGGAGAAACCAGCGCCUGCAGGAGGAACUCGAGAGCAGGGCCUCAGAGCCCCACGCGCCGCAGGGAAGCCAGGAGCACCUGGUAAGUGUCAUGGAGGAGCGAAUGAUGGAAGUUGAACAGAAGCUGAAACUGGUAAAGAGGCUUCUCCAGGAGAAAGUGAAUCAGCUCAAAGAACAACUCUGCAAGAAUACUACAGCAGAUGCAGUGGUGAAGGGUUUGUAUGUUGAAAACGCACAGUUACUGAAAGCUCUGGAAAUGACUGAACAGCGGCAGAAAACAGCAGAGAAGAAAAAUUACCUCCUGGAAGAGAAGAUUGCCAGCCUCAGCAACAUAGUCAGGAAUCUGACGCCUGCCCCCUUGACUUCUCCUCCUCCUCUGAGGUCAUAGCCAAACCAAAGGAUACACUUAUAUUCGUGCACUUUACUGAAAUAGAUGGAACAUUUCAGUAGGCUCUCUCAAUCCUUUUUUUUUUUUUAACCUUGAAUGGCUUAAAAUUAAGCCUAGCCUGAAACUGCCAGUAACAGAAUUGGCGUCUUCAUCGUAAUUAAUUUUUCUUUUUUUUUUUGGCCGGGGCUAGGUUUGAACCUGCCACCUCCGGCAUAUGGGACCAGCACCCUACUCCUUGAGCCACAGGCACCGCCUCAUCGUAAUUAAUUUUACUACAUAGACCCUUAUGGGAGUUUCAAAUAUUUACAUAUGUCACUGUUUAAAUUAUUCCCAAGACUUGACUUUAUUUUUUUUUAAAUACUCCAAUGGCUGCCAAGAAGAUGGAUAUCUGAAAACAGUUCAAGAACUUUAAAAUCCCAGUUUUGAAUGAGUUUUGUUUUUCCUUAAUCACUAUCACAGAUCUGUAUAUAAAGUCCAGAUGUUUUAAGUUUGAGAUCUGAUUAGAAUGGUUAUUAAUGAACUUUGUUUUAAAACUAAAUUUAGGUGUUGUUUACACAUUUGGAUACUGAAAAGCCAUUCUGUUUGUAAUAUCAUGGUUCUUUUAAUUAAUUGGUAGACUGGAUUAACCAGUAGAUUUUAAUUCUAUUUGAUAAAAAGGCUAGCUGAGCUCAACAACCACUGAGGCCAGAAAAAGGCAUCUGAGUCUGGAAUUCUAUUUUAUAAUGCCUGUGACAGUGUUAACCACUCUCCUUAUAUUAUAGACUUCGAACUAAUUUAUUCAAACCGCACUCUUAACUAAUGUGAAAGCUUUACUUUCUUUAAACAGCCUUUUUUCCCACCCCAUCCACCUUUAGAAGUUUCAUUUGGGAGCUUGGCUUCUAAGAAAUAGAUAAAGCCACAUUAUUAAAGCAUUUGAACUAGAGGGAAUGCACUGAACAAAACAUCUUGGAGUAAACAGCUACUCUUAGAAUUCUGACAGAUGAGCUGACCAUGUGGGUUUUCUGUCUCUAGGUCUUGAAGUUCAUGAAUUUACCUUUCCCAUUGCCUCAAGAACUCAGGGAACAACACUUUAAACUGUCUUCCUGAACUACUUUAGGACCUCUGUAAGAAUUUGAAAUGUAUAAACCAUAUAACCUCAUUUAUUUGUCUUACAUGUCUACAGCCAUCGUAGAGUUUUUAUUGCUAUGUUUAUAGUAAAUUUAAUCUUCUGGGAAAGAAAAGCCUUGAUUUUAGAAUUAAAAAUCUCUUCUAACUUUUGGAAGAGUUUCACAUAGGUCAAAAAUUUCAUGCUUCUUACCCCUUCUAUACCUCAAAUCUGAUCAGAAGUUUCUCACUGUGAUAAGCACUGGUAGGCCGUCCGAGCCAGAGGAGCACCAAGUGGAACUUCCCUUCCUUCUCAAGCUCAGAACUUUGUAGAAUGGUAGAUAUUUUAGAUCUGGUUUUGUUUUGUUUGUUUUUUGCCCUCCAAUUAAAAUCUCUGCUUCAAGUUUAGUUCUGCCAGCUGGUGGUGAAGGAGUUACUAGGGGUAGGGCUCAACCAGAGCUCAUCACAGCCCCCGACCUGUUUGAACAGAAGAGUAUUUAGAUCAGAAAAGUUUACUUGAUGUCUUCCUGGAGGGCCAAGCAAAUAUCUCCAGGUAUUUGCUGGAGGUAACAGCAAAGUCAAAUACUGCUUUGCAGGGAGGAAUACAAGGUACAGAAAACUGCCUAGGAAUUCAUGUUAGAAACUCAGUCUCAACAAAAUAAUUUCUGUCAAGGAGCUUCGGGGUUCCUUGAGGCCUGACAGUCUUCUAUCAGUCCUACCUGCCAAGCCAACAUUUCUCACCAGACAAGCCCUGACGGGGCAGGACUGGGAUUUUACACUGAUGAAGCAGACCUUUUAAUUUUUGCACAGAUCUUAUCAUCCAAUAGUCCUGAUUUGCUCUGGAAAAAGAAUUUUAAUCCUUUUAAUCCUGUAAUUAUAUUUCAAAAUAUUUGAAAUCUGUUAUCAUGUCUUCCUGACAUCUUUCUUCUCCAGUGCAAAUAUUCCUAGUAAACUGAGCUGCUGAUAUGAUAUCAACUUUAAUAGAAUUUUUUUUUUCCACUUAAAACUAUGGGGAGAAGGCUGGGCAUCGUGGCUUAGGCCUGUAAUCCUAGAACUCUGGGAGGCUGAAGCAGGCGGAUUGCUUGAGCUCAGGAGUUGGAGACCAACUGAACAAGAGCAAGACCCAUCACUACUAAAACCAGAAAAACUAGCAGGCGUGGUGGUGCGUUGUCUAUAGUCCCAGUUACUUGGGAGGCUGAGGCAGGAGGAUCUCUUGAGCCCAAGAGCUUGAAAGUGCUGUGAGCUGUCAUUCAUGCUAAACCACUCUACCAAGGGCAAGAGUGAGACUGUCUCAAAACAAACAAACAAAAAACAACCAUGGGUAGGCCUAGGCUAAGGUCAAGGGUUAGCAUCUGUAGUGAAUGUAAGUGAUAUGGUUCAAGUUACAGUCAUCACCGUUGGAGCAGAAUAGCAAGCAUAUUUCUCAACUGGCUUAACUGGUGAUUACAUUUGUUGUAUUUCUUAUUUUUAUUUUUUAUAUUAUGAAAAGUGUAGCUUACUUUGUUUCCUAUAAAUUUGUAUUUAUGUGUAUGUAAAAUGUACAGUGAACAUAAGUGUGACUUUCUAAAAAGUUUUAGACUACAUUGAGAAUCCCUUUAUCCAAAAUUAAAAAAAAAAAAAAAAAAAAAACACUGCUCAAAUGAAAGUUAAUUUAACCACAUCUGGGUGCUUAAUUUCUUGUUUUACCUCUACUUAUGAGACUAGAAAACUAGAUCAACAUAAGAAACAGUUAUUUUUGAGGAAUAGUUUAGACUGGGAAUUUAACUGGCCAUAUAUGUAUAAUACAGCUUAUAGCUUUUAAAAGACCUUUAAAAGAGAUUAAAUGUAAGCUGUUAAAAUUACAUGUUUAUAUUUUGCUUUCAGACUUUAUAAUAGCACUGUUCAAAACAUGUUAUAUAUUUUAUCGGCAUUCAGCGACUUGUUUACUAAGAGCACUGAUUUUUAAAUUUUCUUUUGCAUUAAGAAUAUUUAAAAUAGUCUUAAAAGGUGAGAUCUUCAUUUCAAGGAAAGGGAAUCAAGUUUGCCUUUGUGAUGAUAAUACAUUACACAAAGAAACAGAAAAUGUGGAUACCAAAACUCACAUUAUCCUAUUUUGCUUUUUUCUGCUUUUUAGAAGCCUGAACUCAUAAGCUCAGAUCUAUGAAGGGAGAAUUGAAGGGGAGGGGUAAAACUGAUGACAGUAUUUUAUUUAUUUUUCUAAAACUUAUUAAAUCUAGAUUUUAAAAAACAACCCCCCUAAAAAACCAAUUAGAUCUUUAGAAAACAAAGAAUCCAUUUUAAAUGUGAGUCCUUCCCAGAGCUACUAUAUUUAGGCUUCCAUGCAUUUUACAUAAACGCAUCAUGAAUUCACAGGUUUUUGAGGUGUGGGAAGGGAUCUCAUGGGUCUAAUACUUCAAUAAUGCACUGAUACCCAGGGGAUGUAUUAUUACAAGAAACUUUUUUCUUAGAAAAUAAAUAAGGCUUUAUGGUAGACUAUAGGUUUUUUUUUUUAAUGUGGGAAAUAAAUUUAUUUAGUAAUGUAUGUAAUUUCUUUUUGCCGAGUGAAGGAAAAAUGUGUUGCUAUUGUCAGCCUCUUAAAGACAUUUCCAAUCAAGGGAAGGCCAGGUGCUUUGUGAUAGUAUUAAGACAAACGUUAUUUUGGAUGGAUUACCUAUAAUGACUAACUGGAGUGAUAAUUAUACAAGUAAUUCCAAAACCACGUUAAAGCCUAAUAACCAAAGCACUUACAUCUAAAGCAUAUUCAUUAUGUCAGGUCUGGACCUAUUUGAGCAUCUCGGUGCGGAAAGACAGUUUUGGUUAUAUGGCACAUGGAUAGCUGUUUAACAAGUCAAAGGUAGCUUUUUGCUUCUCAGCUUUUUUGAAUCACACAAGUUAAAUUCUCAUUGGGAGCUAGGUGCAGUGGCCUCAUGCCUAUUAAUCCCAGCACUUUGAGAGGCCAAGGCACAGGGAUCAUUUGAAGCUAGGAGUUCGAAACCAGCCUGGGCAACAGAAAAAAAAUAAAUAAUAAUAAACUUAGCUAGGCUUGGUGGCACAUGCCUGUAGACCUAGAUGCUCUAGAGGCUAAAGCAGGAAGAUCACUUGAGCCUAGGAAUUGGAGACUACUAUGAGCUAUGAUCAUGCCACUACACUCCUGCCAAGGUACAGAGCAAGGCUCUUUAAAAAAUUCUUCUUUGGGGGGCGGCGCCUGUGGCUCAGUCUGUAAGGUGCCGGCCCCAUAUACCGAGGGUGGCGGGUUCAAACCCGGCCCCGGCCAAACUACAACCAAAAAAUAGCCAGGCGUUGUGGUGGGUGCCUGUAGUCCCAGCUGCUUGGGAGGCUGAGGCAAGAGAAUAGCUUAAGCCCAGGAGUUGGAGGUUGCUGUGAGCUGUGUGAGGCCACGGCACUCUACCGAGGGCCAUAAAGUGAGACUCUGUCUCUACAAAAAAAAAAAUUCUUCUUUGGGGGCGGCACCUGUGGCUCAAAGGGGUAGGGUGCCAGCCCCAUAUGCCCGAGGUGGUGGGUUCAAAUCCAGCCCCCAAAAACUGCAAAAAAAAAAAAUUCUUUGGAAGGCAUUAUCAUGGCACGAUGUAAGGGAAUGUUAGUUUUGUGAAGGAAAAUCUGAGUUUAUGUAAAGCCAUCUCUAGGUUUCCGUUUGGAUAAGGAAUAAUGUGUAUGUGUUUAUAUUGGUUUUGUAUAUUUCAUCUUAGCCAUCCUAUUCUAGAGAGAUUUUAAUGUAAGCUUAAAAUGUAAAUAAAUAA